GCCGCCUGCGGUGCCUAUAAAUUCAAACCCCAUACAACCACGUUCUCCAAUAACUUCUCCAUCUCUUCUUACUUUCUUCUACACAGUAUCUACCUUUCGCAUCUGAAAAAUGGCAAUGGCUGGAGUUGGGUUCGGUGGAGAUAGCUUAGCGGAGGCUUACGUGAUGCGGUCGCUGUACAAGGAGAAGAUGAAGAAACUUCAAAAGGGUCAACCGGAAAUGGGUGAUAAUCGUGAGGAGAAGGAAAUCCAAAGUGGUUGUUUCUUCUGGGUUUCAAGGAAGAACCACCAUUCUGCUAAGGUUUCUUCUUCUGCAGAUUCUGCUCCGAAACAUUCCGAGCAAACAUGGGGGAAUCAAAGCAAGUAGUUGGAGAGAUUUCUUUGCUUUUGGCCUUUUAGCUUUUUGGCAUCACAGAGGCAAUUUACUGUUUCUUUUGGGAAGCUAAGGAUGAGAUUUUUUUUUUUUUUUUUUUCAUUUUUAUUAUGAUUCUUAUUUCCAAUUAUUACAAGGAAAAAAAAAAGAGAGAGAAUAUUGGGAAAAGCUGUCAGUAAGGAUUGUUCUUGUAUUAUGUACAAAAAGAAAUUGUUUGUAUUGUAUUCUUAAUUUUUUAAUUAUGGAAAAAAAAAAACACAAAAAUGGAAAAAACCAUAUUUGUAUUGGGAACGUAUAAAUGAUCAGUGGAGUU